CGUAAAAUCAUUUCCUUUACAUUAUUCCAACCAUCCCUGUCGCCCAUAUCGUUAGCUGUUGUGAUAUGAGAGCUCUCACCAAGGAGCUAUGAUACCACCCAUGAUAUCCUUGUCUCGGACGGCCGAGGGACUUUUUCACUCGCAACGAAGAUGGUGCCGAAAUAUUACCCUCCAUUCUCAUAAUCUAUACUUUUUGCAGUUUUCUCUCAAGAACUUCAAGUUCUGGGGAAACAUCAUACAACACCCGCCAAUAUGAUCUUUCCACGACUUUUGUCGUCACUAGUUGCGACUUGCCUCUUGCUGCGACCUGUUCUCGGAGCCGGCGUGGCUACUUUCACUCUGGAGGAAGCCUCGUCCGUUACUCUGGUACCUCGAGACCUUCCUACAGAUGUACCGCCUGGAUCCAUCACCUCUAUUCCUGCGAAUGGCAUUGAUAUUUAUCUGUCAGAAACUACUCAGAAAGCUGUUCAAGAUGCAAUCUCUGGAAGUUGUGGUACGACUGGCAGCCUACAAUGUCAAACAGCCAUACAGGCAGCGCUCAAUACACAGAGUCUUCAAGCUGGACAAUUGCAGCCACGUUUUGCUGGCCUGGUUGUUGCUGGGCUAGUUGCUAUCGUUGCAAUCGUCAUAGAGCAUUACCGACUGAGCAACACUGCGGUCCCUUCCGCGAUCCAUCUUUCACCUGCACAGCUCAGUCAGGCUUCGAACAUUGCAAGUGCUACAAGCGUGGUAGCAGUAGGUGGCUCCCAAACGACAACUUUCACCCUCCCACCGUCCCCGACGACGGUCACUGCAGUUCCCACAAUCAGCAUCAAUCCUAGCAGUGGAGAUCUACACAUCAGUCUUACUGAUAGUCAAGCUCAAUCGUUCAUGACGAUCAUGGGCCUCCCGGGGACUUGCUCGAGCAGCCAAUCGCCAGUGGGUAUUGGCAGUACAAAGCGAGCCAUCACAACCACAUCAACCUGCCUCAGUCUCCACGCAAACGCGCUGAUGUACAACUCUUUCUCCGGCCUUGCUUCGGCUAUUAGCUUGAUGUUCCGGUCAGCGAGUCCUCCGAAUCCAUUUCCAGGCUUCAGAAACGCCGCUGUUCAAGCAGAACAGACGGAAUUUCUAACCCAAUGGGCGCUUGCUGCACCUGCAUUUGGGGUCACUGUGGACCUUAUGACAGCCAUCGCAGGUGUCGCGUUCGCCCUCGCAUAUAUCUGGACGUCUCUGAGCGUCGCUCUUAGUGUAGAUAAUACCAUCUCAGGUUCAUUAACAAAAACUACCACAGGGGACUGCCCUUCGCAAGAGGGUGACCCGGACAACACAAAUCUGGUGUGCUCGCUGGCCUCCUGUUCAGGCACAUCGGACACGAAGCUUUGCACCGUCGAUCCAUGGAAAGACUGUACUUGCAUGAAUCCGCAGAAAUCUAAUCUCGAAUACUAUGACCUCGUCAUGUUUGCGGACCAACCCGACGCACUCACGCAGUUCCUUGCUGGUCCACCACCAGAUCCACCGAGCCCUUUGUUCUGCGUUUCGUCUAAACCGCCACUUGCUCCGGCAUACUUAACGCCAAAAUUGGCGUACGACACAUAUCCAGACUUCUGCAAAGGGAUAUCGCCCGGCGAUACGUGGAAUAUCAACAGCACCUUCUUUCCUGAUACCCCCGAGCACUUCGCUUUGCUCAUUAACGGGAAUAUGGCAUCUUCUAAAUGGUCUUCCGACUUAUGCAAUCAAGCUUUCAAGUCCAUCUUGGACAAUUGCGACGGUAAUGAUCCUUCCAACCCCAUGAACUACAAGUUUGGUGGCACAUACACAACCCAAGGUCUUGAAUUCAGAAUUCAGCCAAUAUUUGAUAAUCGCGCCGUCCCGCUGCCUACAGCACCAUCUUGGUCUUGUACAAGCAGCUACCAUGGCGCCUAUGACAAUUUCGGUAUCUUGGGCGUGGGAUGGGCAUCAUCCGAUUUUGGCAAAAACGCAUUUUUCGGGGCCAUAGCCAGCUGUAUCGGGUCUAAGCCAUCUGACUGGACUUUCGAGUACUUCCUUUAUGAUGGCACCCCGGACCAGCAUUUCGGCUUCGAGUGGCUUGCAAGUUUCCACACGCCAAUCUGGGUUAACGCGCGCUGUUUCGACAACUGUAAGGUAGGGUCGAAUGGAGGUGGACCAGCUUGGGGUGACAGUUGCCCAGGGUGUGGUGGAAACGGCUAAAAGGGAACGUGGGAGCAUUUAAGUGUCAUCGCGGACAAUUAUAAAAUUAUCAUUAGUUACGAGUAGAGGAUGUUUAAUCUAUGUUGUUCUACUAACCUAGGGAUAAUUAAAUUUAGAGAAUAACGAAAUAUACCAAC